AUGAUUGGUCAUGUUUUUCUCAUUUUAUUUGGGCUCAGUGUGUGUCAAGGUAUUGCUUGAUAUUCUCAUUUCAUUACAUGUCAAUUAAUAAUUUAACAUCAAUUAUUGAUAAUUUAUUGGCAUUAAUUGUUAAAUUGCCACAAGAUAACAGCGAUAAGUUUGAACACAUAAAACCCACCCACUCAUGCAUAAUGUCGAUUCGAUGUUGUUGUGGCAACAUGAAUAUGGAUGUGGCCUCUUAAACAGUUUCUUUAUGCAUAAAAUUGUGAGCCUGGAAACUCUCAGAGGCAUAUAAACAAUAUUUUAGUAUGAGGGACUCAAACAUCUAUCCUCAAUAUAUUCAGGGAAUUUAGGAACAGUCUACCUGCAUGGGUUGUCUGAAUAUUAAAUAGAAAUACAGCUAUUUACUAUGAUAGCACAAUAUAGAUAACACAAAGGAAGGAUUGUUCUGCUCUUAGGCCCCAUUUACAUGAAAUCGGGACGAAGUCAAACUGGAAGGAAAAUUGAAAUUGUCAACAUGUUUACAUGAUAUCAGUAUAAAAAUCACAAAAUUUUCAAUUUAUUCCCCUUGCUAGGCAAUUUUCUUAUUCAGAUGGCUUUUGUUAGCAUAUGUUGUCCCAAAGCCAAAGGGAAAUUAAAGCAGCAUUUCUUAAGUUAAUUGUUUUUUAUCCAGGUUUAACUUCAAUAAGAUGAUUGGUCAUGUUUUUCUCAUUUUAUUUGGGCUCAGUGUGUGUCAAGGUAUUGCCUGAUAUUCUCAUUUUUUUAAGAAUUAUAUUUUAACUUCUUAUAUUUCACUCACUCAUUAAAUAUUAUAAGUCUUAUAAACACUCCAUGAUUAAAUAUAACUUAUUCUGUGAAAUACCCCAACAGAAAUAAGUUGUGAAAACACUGAUUAACUCAUGCACACGUAUAUCACUAUCAGUUUGAUUGUUUUCAGCUGUUGAAAAAUAUUGAAAACGUUUAGUUUUGUGGUUUAGGACAAAUUACAUCACCACCUGAUGGAACCAGUUUGACUUUUCUACCUGGAUCAACUGCGAAUAUAACAUGGUCAUUUAAAAAUCCGAUAUCAGUUGUGGACGAUCGGGUUUGGCGUUUCACAAGUACUGAUGGUUCAUUCAAUGCAAAACGACUUGCAAGAAUAAUUGAUGAUGAGGAGCCUAGAAUAUUUGAAAGUGGCUUAUCUGGGGUUACAAUAGUAAAGCCAGCAACCUUGAUUUUAAAAAAUGUUAAUCAAACGUAUAAUGGGAUAUACCAGUUUUCCCUUGCAGCAUAUAGCGGUGGUUAUUCUUAUGUUGUCGUAUUUAUUGCAAGUAAGUUUUGAUAAGAAAAAACUCAAGUUUUCUUAACAUUCAUGCGGUAUAAUGAUUUAAUGCAUGCAUGAAAUCUAGGCCUUGCACGACCAAGUAAAUGAGGUUUACAAAUGCUUAGUGUUAUUUAAAUUGUGUCAUCUAAGCAAAUUUGCAGCGUUGUCGUGCAUUUUUGGUACGUAUGACUAUAUCAUACUUUAUUUCAGUUUUCCUAAUUCCUUGUUAUUAUUAAACAUUAGGGGAAAUGCAGGUGGUCAUGUCCCUAUAUGGUAGACCUGCAUUUCCCCUAAUGUUGAAUACAAAGUGAAUAAGACACUAAGGCAACAUCUGCAGUGGAAAUGUUUACUAUUAUAUUGAGCUGCACAUGCACUCGCCCUAGCCUCCUCCGCAGGCAUCUCAUCCGAGGAAUCGGGUGGUCGAAAAAAGUUGCCAGAAAUUUUUUUUUCAAAACCCAUUUGCAGGUUAAAACCCAUAAAGAGGCCUGCGGAGGAGGAUACCCCCGCCCUACAAAGUGACUUUCGGAAAUAAGCUCUUAUCUGGUUUCAUUGCAUUUCAGAGAAACCAACUGUGACAGUCAAUUGUUCCACACCCAUCGUAGUAAAUGAAGGUGAUGACGUCAAGUGUCAAUGUAGAGGUGAAGGUGGAAAUCCUUCUGCAGACGUUACAUGGUACAAAGGUGGAAACAAAAUUGGUGGAACAGGAAGAGAAGAACAAACAUUAACUUUCGGUAACAUUGAUAAAACGGCCAGUGGAACAUAUAAAUGUGUAGCCAACAGCCACACUUUAACGGAUGAAAAAUCAAUUGAAAUCAUUGUUUAUUGUAAGUAGAUAAUUGCAUGCAUGAUAGUAACUUCAUAUUAACGAAACUUCAAAGAGCAACACAUGUCAUUUUUUUCAUUAAUUAACAUCGGUUUUUCAAAAUUCUUGUUAGAAUAUUUUUCAAAUGAUAGGAGUAUGCACCUUAGCUUAACAAUACCAAUAUAUCAGCACUGAAAUCCUUUGGCUACAUGCAUAUAUUGGCUGAAAGCCUAAACAAUUUGGUUGUCUAAAUUGUCUAAAUGUUCACAUUAAAUAAAGGCAUGCAAAGCUUUCUUUCAGUAAGCUCAGAUCUUCAUCAGCGGAAAUAAAAAUUUUAUUGUUUAGGAUAAAGAGUUUGUGUCUUUAUAGACGCGGUUCCACCUACAGUGAUAAGCCUUACGUCGACUCCAGAAAAUGUAGUAUUUGGUGAAUCAGUUGUGAUAACGUGUGAAGCUAUAGCUGUGCCUUUACCAAGUUAUACUAUAAUCCAUAACGAUACUGAAGUCGUCAGUACCCGCAAGACAUAUAUAAUAACAGUUUUGGAAUUCAGUCAUGCUGGAUCAUAUAAAUGUAUUGCAACAAACGUACUUGGAAAUAGUUCAAAGGCAUUUAUUUUGUCUGCUGGAGGUAACUAUGACAAAUACAAUCCUUUCUAUGAUUGAAUUACCUUUUAAAAAGUAAUAUACUCUAGUCCAUGAAGCUGAAAAUGUAACUAGGCAAAUAGAUAAGACUCUUAACAUUUAGUUAACAAUUUGAUUUCACUUCCAGUAACACGAACAACGAAUACUCCAACUACAAAGGAUUUCGGAGCAGGUAAGGUGGCUUUCUUUUCCCAACAUGGUUCAGAAAGUAUAAUGUUUGUUUUCUUUUUAACUUUUUGAGACAGCCAGCACAGUACAUAUAGAAACAAAUUGUUUACAAAACUUGUAAGCCCAUAUCUGUGACUGGCUCCUUUUCAAUUUUCAGGAAAAGCAGCUUCAGAAGAAUGUAAUUGCAGUGGAACUGUAUGGUAUAUGGUUGUAGGAAUAUUGAUGUCUGGAAUUAUUAUUGGAAUUCUUCUUUGCUACAGUGUCUUAUGUUCUCGUCGUAAAGUUAGAAGCAGGAAACCUCAAUCAAACCCUGAACCAAAGACAACUGAAGUUGAUACAACUUAUCAAGAGCUUGAUCUUUCAAAAAUGAACACAGAAGAUAAUUAUCAAUCGUUGAGAGUGAAUGCUGCAAGUAAUGACCAGGAGUCAACUUAUACUGAGUUAAACAGAAUCAGAGAUGUGGAGGAUAACUACCAAUCCCUAACUUGAGUUGAACCUGCAAUGAUAUUAUGUAUAGAUUAAAAGUGGAUAUCCGAGGCCAGAUGCGGGUAUAGAGUUUUAGUCUAUAUUUUGUUUUCUUGAGGUUUUCAUUGAUGGCCGUGAUUAUAGGGCUAGAGCUAGGGACUGUAUAUUGAUUUUUAAAGUGCACAGUGCGUCUGUUUCAUCUUGAAAGAUAUUGGCUCAUUGCUAUACAGUUUGAAAAAAUUUAACGAGUCGGUCGAUCGAGGAAAUUUUUAGCCAACUGUUCUUAUGGAUGGUCUAGAGUAUGUAAUUGCGUAUAUUGUCGCAUGAUAACUGGAUAACAGGUUUGCAAUUAUCUUGUUCAUUCAAAGAAUAAACUGGUACUUUCUUUUUACUUUGGGCAAAUAUCUCACAGGUAGUAUUGGUUGUAUCCCAUUGGUACAUUCCGAUUAAUCACAAAAACAAAAGAAUUCUGACGAAUUUACAGUUGCAUGUCAGAUGGGUAAUUUGAUAAUUUUAAUUCUGUUCUUGAAUACAAUAUUCAUCCAGAUUAAUAUUCAUCCAGCAGUAAAUCAUUCCUUUUUAUUAAUAAAGUUUCGGUGUAAAGUACAAUUUAUUAAAGUAACGAUCGAAUGUGGAAUACAGUAUUAA